CUUGGUUGCGGCCGCUAAUCUCCGCAGUAUCGCGAUAGGAGGCCUUGAGCGCACUGGAUAAGUCGCAUCGAUUGACGAUCUCAUCAGCUGCACAACAAGCUUGCACGGUUGCAAGCAGAAGAGUUAAAAAAACGAGUUGUAUUGCUGCACUCAUAUUUGCAGCAACAACCGCUCGGCGCAAGCUUAGACGCAGCCGCCGCUUCGCCAGAUUGCUGGCAUAGACGUAGCCUUACGAAGCAUACAUGAUGCAUCGAGUCCUACUGUCAGCAAUGAUCGCCACCGCGGGCUGCGUCGACAUGACGACACGACGACGUUUCGUUGGACGCGCGACAGCCGCCGCGACGGCCGCCGCGACGACGCCGGCGUUCGCCGCCAAAACCUACGUGAGCGGCAAGAACCCGGACGGGCCGCGCGAGAAGGGUGACACGAAGGGCACUAAGAAGGACGGCUCGUAUCUUCAAUGCCUCGCCGGCUGUGCGGCGCGCUGCGAAAAGGCGAAGAGUGGGCGCCAGCUGACACGCGGCGAGUGCCUCAACCUGUGCCGCGACGAGUGCUGCGUGACGUACGAGCAGUGCACGUACACGAUCCCCGGUGUGUGAGUAAGUUAUCGAACG